GCGGCUUCGAGUCCAUCUGAAUCGCAAGCUCCGCCUCGCUGCGCCCGCGCAUGUAAAGGACUCCCCCCGCCGGCUCGCACGCAGGCGCACGCACGCGCAACCAACCAUGAACCCGUCGCAGCCCGUGUCGUCGGCCAUCCAGGCCGUCGAGUUUGGCUUCCUCUCGGCCCACCACGUCCGCGCGCUGUCGGUCAAGCGCAUCACCAACCCGACCACCUUCGACUCGCUGCUGCACCCGGUCGCCGGCGGCCUGCACGAUGCCGCGCUCGGCGCCUUCCUCGACAACCCGUGCUCGACGUGCCGCCUCACCACCAUGCUCGGCUGCCCCGGCCACUGCGGCCACAUCGAGCUGCCCGUCCCCGUCUACCACCUCACCUUUAUGGACCAGCUGCUGCGCCUGCUGCGCGGCAAGUGCGCCUACUGCCAUCGUCUGAAGCUCGCCCGCGUGCAGGUCAACGAGUUCGUCUCGAAGCUGCGUCUGAUCCGCUGCGGCCUGGUCAAGGAGGCCAACGAGAUGCACGAGUUCAUCGACGUGAACAAGGGCAAGAAGAAGUCCGACGCCGCCAAGUCUGCUGGUGACGACGACGGCGACGACGACGACGACGAGGACGACGACGAGGACAUUGUGGGCCAGCGCAACAACUACGUCAAGCGCUGCCUGAAGCGGGCCGGCGUCUCCAAGCACGAGGCGCGCUCCACCAAGGAGAAGAACGCCACCAUCGCAGAGGCCCGUCGACUGGUCCUGAAGGACUUCUAUGCCGCCAUUGUCGCCGGUAAGAAGUGCAGGAACUGCCAGGCCAUCAGCCCCACCUACCGCAAGGACAAGAGCAUCAAGAUCUUCAGGAAGAACCUGAGCGCCAAGGACAAGGCGCACAUGGCGCAGUCGGAGAAGCGCCUCCAGAACCCGCUCGACGUGAUUGCGCGACGAGAUGCAAGGGCGACGAAGCAGACUGUCCACGACGACGAGGGCCUGGCCGACAUGUCAGAGGACGACGGCUCCGACGACGGCGUCGACGUGGCCAUGGACGACGGCUCGCUCACGGCCACCGAGGCACGGACCGCGGGCAGGUCCAAGACGGCCGUCGACGCCGUCGACGCCGCCGACAGCUCGCAGGAGUACGUCACGGCCGCCGAGGUCAGGGCGUCGAUGGUGCUGCUGUUCGAGCAAGAAGCCGACAUGCUCCGCCUGGUGUACGCCCCGUACAGCUCAGCCCCCGUCAGCCCAGACAUGUUCUUCAUCGAGGCCAUGGUGGUGCCGCCCAACAGGUACAGGAUGGAGGACAAGACUGGCGACUCGAUUGCCGAGUCGCCCAAGAACAGCUUGUACAAGGGCAUCCUGAACGCCUGCGACUCGAUGCGCCAGAUCAGCAACGAGAUGAAGGGCCACGAGAACGAGGCUGGCUACAGGCGCCGCAACUUUGACGACCUGCAGAACACCUGGGUCAACCUGCAGGGCGCCGUCAACGCCGUCAUCGACCGCGACGCCAACCCCGUCCAGGGCAAGGCUGGCCUGACCAGCGCAGACGGUAUCAAGCAGCAUCUGGAGAAGAAGGAGGGCCUGUUCCGCAAGAACAUGAUGGGCAAGCGUGUCAACUUUGCCGCCCGGUCGGUCAUCUCGCCCGAUCCCAACAUCGAGACCAACGAGAUCGGCGUGCCGCCUGUCUUCGCCAAGAAGCUCACCUUCCCCGAGCCCGUGACCAACCACAACUUCUACGACAUGAAGGAGGCCGUCUUGAACGGGCCGGACAAGUGGCCCGGUGCUGUCGCCAUCGAGAACGAGUACGGCCAGGUGGUGACGCUCAAGAAGAAGAACUACGAGGAGCGCUUGGCUCUGGCCAACCAGCUGCUCGCGCCCUCCAACACCUUCUCGAACGGCUCCAAGAACAAAAAGGUCCACCGCCACCUGAACAACGGCGACGUCGUCAUCAUGAACCGCCAGCCCACGCUGCACAAGCCCUCGAUGAUGGUCCACCGAGCGCGUGUCCUGCCCGGCGAGAAGACGAUCCGCAUGCACUACGCCAACUGCAACACGUACAACGCCGAUUUCGACGGCGACGAGAUGAACAUGCACUUCCCCCAGAACGAGCUCGCGCGCGCCGAAGCCAUGACCAUUGCCGACACGGACCACCAGUACCUUUCGGCGACGGCCGGAAAGCCUCUGCGCGGUCUCAUCCAGGAUCACAUCUCCAUGGGUGUCUGGCUGUCGAACAAGGACACCUUCUUCACGCGCGACGAGUACCAGCAGCUCAUGUACGCGGCCCUGCGACCCGAGGACGGACACACUACGUCUGGCCGCUUGGAGACGGUCGAGCCUGCCGUUUACAAACCCGUGCCCAUGUGGACGGGCAAGCAGAUCUUCACCACCAUCCUCAAGAACAUCAAGCCGGCCGAGUACCAGGACCUGACGCUCGAAUCCAGGUCGUCCACAAACGGCAAGCUCUGGGGCGACGCAAGUGAGGAGCAGACCGUCGUCGUCAAGGACGGCCAGUUGCUGUGCGGUAUCAUCGACAAGAGCCAGAUCGGCCCCGCGCCCGGCGGUCUCAUCAACGGUAUAUACGAGGCCUACGGUGAGACGAUUGCCGGUCGGGCGCUCAGUAUCAUCGGACGCAUGCUUACGAAGCUCCUUCACAUGCGCGCCUUUUCGUGCGGUGUCGAGGAUCUUAUCUUGACCGCCGAGGGUGACCGAGCACGUCUCGAGCAGCUGAAGGCUGCCGAGCGGGUCGGUUUCGAAGUAGCGUCAAAGUACGUUAGCUUGGACGCCAACAGCAUCACGCCCACCACCGCCGAGCUCCACACACGUCUUGAGCGCGUUCUGCGAGACGAUGGCAAGCAGCACGGCCUCGACCUGUUGUCCAACAGCGCCACCGCAUCCGUCUCCUCUGCCGUCACACAGGCCUGUCUGCCACACAAGCUCAUCAAACUCUUCCCCAAGAACCAGAUGCAGGCCAUGACAGGCUCCGGUGCCAAGGGCAGUUUGGUCAACGCCAACCAGAUCUCGUGUAACCUGGGUCAGCAGGUUCUCGAAGGUCGUCGUGUACCGGUCAUGGUCAGUGGCAAGACGCUGCCGUGCUUCAAGCCGUACGAGACCAGUGUGCGUGCCGGUGGCUACAUUGUCAACCGCUUCUUGACAGGGGUUCGCCCUCAAGAGUACUACUUCCACAUGAUGGCUGGUCGCGAAGGUCUCAUCGAUACCGCCGUCAAGACGUCUCGUUCCGGCUAUCUGCAGCGCUGCAUCAUCAAGGGCAUGGAGGGCCUCAAGGUCGAGUACGACACGUCCGUGCGCGACUCCGAUGGCAGCAUGGUUCAGUUCCUGUACGGUGAAGAUGGUCUCGACAUCACCAAGCAAAAGUACCUCAACGACUUCAAGUUCCAGGCGCAGAACUUUCUGUCCCUCGCGCAGUCGCUGAACACGCAAGAAGCGUUUGGCAAAGUGCACAGCGAAGAAGCGGCUGCGCACAACAAAAAGGCCGCCAAGAAGGCCAGGAAAGAUGCCGUGGCAAUGGACCCCGUCACGGCUGUCUACGCCCCUGGCCGCCACAGCGGUAGUACUUCGGAGAAGUUCUACCAGGCCAAGAAGGAUUACGUCGACGGCAACGUGGACAAGCUGCUCAAGAGCAAGAAGAAGGACCCCGAGGGCGAGAUUCUCAAGAAGAGCUUCGAACAGAUGCUCGAUCUCAAGUACCUCCGUUCCCUGGUCGAGCCCGGCGAGGCUGUUGGUGUCGUUGCUGGCCAGUCCAUCGGUGAGCCCUCAACACAGAUGACGCUGAACACGUUCCAUUUGGCUGGUCACUCGGCCAAGAACGUCACGCUCGGUAUCCCGCGUCUCCGUGAAAUCGUCAUGACCGCUUCAGCCAAGAUCUCGACCCCUGGCAUGACCAUGUACCCUCACGCCGAGGUUCCAAAGGACCACCAGGAGAGGUUCGCGAAGAGUAUCACGAGGCUGCCACUGUCUGCUGUCCUCGACAAGGUCACCGUCACCGAGUCAUCCGGCGCUGGGUCACAAUUCAGCCAGGCCAGGACAUACAAGGUUCGCCUCGACCUCUACCCCGCCAACGAGUACACACAAGAGUACGCCAUCAAGGUCCGCGAUGUUGCCGAGUCGAUCGAGCACAAGUUCUGCCCGCGUCUGCAGAAAAUCAUGCGCAUCGACCUGAAGAAGAAGGGUGAGAACAAGUCAUUGUCGACAGCCAACGCCUCGGUGCCGCAGGUGGGCCAGUCAAGCCGCGGCCUGGACGACGUCGUGGUUGAUGGCGAGCGUGCCGGGCGCGAAGGCGGGGCCGACGACGACAGCGACGACGGCGAGGGCGACAACGACACCACACACGCCAAGCAGCGCGGUCGCCGCGAAGACAGCGUCGGCUACGAAGAGCCCGAGGAGGAGGAGGAGCAAGCCAUGAACGACGCCCUCGACCGCCAAGACGCCGUCAGCGACGACGACGAAGCCUACGGCGGCAGCCCCAAGCCCUCGCGCGCAUCGAGCCCCGACUCUGACGCCGACGACGACGAAGAGAUGCUCGUACCGACCGACGAAGCCUCGGACAUCCGCAAAGACCGCAUCAUCAACAAAAACGCCGACGUCUUCGACUUCAAGUUUGACGACAAAAAGGGCGCCUACUGCGAAAUCACGUUCGAGUUCCCCCUCUCCGCCCCCAAGCUCCUGGUCCUACACCACGUCGAAGCCGCCGCCUCCUUCGCCACAAUCCACGUCAUCCCCGGCAUAACUUCCGCCAUGGUCAGCAAGGAAGACGGCAAGGACACUGUCGGCAAGAAAAUCGACGUCCCCGUCGUCAUAACCGAAGGUUCCAACCUCCUCGCGAUCCGCGAGUUCCACGACAUCAUCGACGUAAACCGCGUCUUUACAAACGACAUCGUGGCGAUGCUGCAGCUCUACGGCGUCGAAGCGUGCCGCGCCACUAUCGUGCGCGAAAUGCACGCCGUCUUCGCCGGCCACGGGAUUAGUGUCGAUUUGCGCCAUCUUAGUCUCAUUGCUGAUACUAUGACCAAGGGCGGUGGGUUCACGCCGUUUAACCGCAUGGGGCUGAGAGCGGAUGUCAGUCCGUUUAUGAAGAUGAGCUUUGAGACUACCGUUGCGUUCCUCAGGGACGCCGUGCUCGAGAGGGAUACGGAUGAGCUUAAGAAUCCGUCGGCAAGGAUUGUCGUUGGUAAGCUCGGUGGCAUUGGGACGGGCGCGUUUGAUGUCCUCGCCCCCGUGCAAGUUGUUGAUCCGCUGAAGGGGGAGGUGCUGCCUGGUGUCGAGACGCCCGUGGAGGGGGAUGUGGAUAUGCAGGAUGCGUAGUGCCAAGCGGCGAUUGAUGGAGCUUAUUACCCAGCAUGAACGGGCGUUUGGCGUGUUUGGCGCGUUGGGACGCGGUGCAUUGGCUUUUUAAUGAAAAGUGUUUACGCCCAUCCUCCACUGCGGUUCCAGCUGCAGCUCAAGUGCGUCCUGGGGCUUCUGCUAUCUACAAUGCUGAUA